AUGUCGGACCCGGCGGCGCAGGCCUUGCAACCCCGGCUUCUCCAAGCCCAGUCUGCUGGGUCAGCUGGGUCCAGUACCGCCGCGACUGGCUCCGGGUCAGGGAGUAGCGACCCCGCCAGACCGGGACUCAGCCAGCAACAGCGUGCAAGCCAGAAGAAAGCCCAAGUGCGAGCUUUCCCACGGGCGAAAAAGCUUGAGAAACUUGGCGUAUUCUCCGCAUGCAAGGCUAUUGACACAUGCAAGUGCAAUGGAUGGAAAAACCCAAAUCCACCAUCAGCCACACGUAUGGACCUGCAACAGCAAGCAGCCAGCCUGAGCGAGCCGUGCCGCAGCUGUGGACAUGCUCUGGCUGAUCAUGUGUCCCACCUGGAGAACGUGUCCGAGGAUGAGAUUAACAGGCUGUUGGGGAUGGUGGUGGAUGUGGAGAACCUUUUUAUGUCUGUACAUAAAGAGGAGGACACGGACACCAAACAGGUCUACUUCUACCUAUUCAAGCUGCUGAGGAAAUGCAUCCUGCAGAUGAGCCAGCCAGUCGUAGAGGGAUCUCUUGGAAGUCCCCCUUUUGAAAAGCCCAACAUCGAGCAGGGGGUUCUGAACUUUGUUCAGUACAAGUUCAGCCACCUGGCACCAAAGGAAAGGCAGACCAUGUUUGAGUUGUCAAAGAUGUUCCUCUUGUGCCUCAAUUACUGGAAGCUGGAGACACCGACACAGUACCGGCAGCGCACCCAGAAGGAUGAUGGGACAACAUACAAAGUGGACUACACCAGGUGGCUGUGCUACUGCCAUGUUCCCCAGAGUAACGACAGCCUGCCGCGCUAUGAAACCACGCACGUGUUCGGCCGCAGUUUGCUCAAGUCCAUCUUCACUGUGACCCGACGGCAGCUCCUGGAGAAGUUCAGAGUGGAGAAGGACAAACUGCUGCCAGAGAAACGCACACUCAUCCUCACACACUUUCCCAAGUUCUUGUCCAUGCUGGAGGAGGAGAUCUAUGGUGAGAAUUCUCCCAUCUGGGAGGCCGACUUCACCAUGCCAGCCUCUGACGGCACGCAGCUGGGACACCAGACGGUGAUCAGUCCUGCUGCAGUCUCCGGCUCUCCUGCUCUGCCUAAAGGUCUGAGCAGCAUCUCCUCUCUGGGCAGCAUGGACACUGGAGGUGCAGAGCCCAUCACAGGAGAGAAGCGUAAACUUCCUGAGGCGUUGACUCUGGAAGAUGCCAAGCGGAUCCGUGUGAUGGGAGACAUUCCUAUGGAGCUGGUCAAUGAAGUCAUGAUGACAAUCACUGACCCCGCUGCUAUGCUCGGACCAGAGACGAAUCUGCUGACGCCAAAUGCUGCCCGUGAUGAGACUGCCAGGCUGGAGGAGAGGCGGGGAAUCAUCGAGUUUCACGUCAUUGGAAACUCUCUCUCUCAGAAGUCCAACAAGAAGAUCCUGAUGUGGCUGGUUGGCCUGCAGAACGUCUUCUCUCAUCAGUUACCUCGCAUGCCCAAAGAGUACAUCACACGACUGGUGUUCGACCCGAAGCACAAGACCCUUGCCCUUAUCAAAGAUGGCCGCGUCAUCGGUGGCAUCUGUUUUAGGAUGUUUCCCACUCAGGGCUUCACAGAGAUCGUCUUCUGUGCCGUCACAUCCAACGAGCAAGUUAAGGGCUAUGGUACCCACCUGAUGAACCACCUGAAGGAGUAUCACAUCAAACACAACAUCUUGUAUUUCCUCACUUAUGCUGACGAGUACGCCAUCGGCUACUUCAAGAAGCAGGGCUUUUCCAAAGACAUCAAAGUGCCGAAGAGUCGAUACCUGGGAUACAUCAAAGACUAUGAGGGAGCGACCCUCAUGGAGUGCGAGCUGAACCCAAGAAUCCCCUACACUGAGCUCUCUCAUAUCAUUAAAAGACAGAAGGAGAUCAUCAAGAAGCUGAUUGAGAGGAAACAGAGUCAGAUCAGGAAGGUUUACCCAGGUCUCACCUGCUUCAAAGAGGGUGUACGACAGAUCCCAGUGGAGAGCAUUCCAGGCAUCAGAGAGACAGGCUGGAAACCCAGUAACAAGGACAAAGGCAAAGAGGUGAAGGAUCCUGACGUGUUACAUAAUAUGUUGAAGAACCUUCUGGCCCAGAUAAAGACUCAUCCGGAUGCCUGGCCCUUUAUGGAACCAGUGAAAAAGUCGGAGGCUCCAGAUUAUUACGAGAUCAUCCGCUUUCCCAUCGACCUGAAGACCAUGACGGAGAGACUGAAGAACAGAUACUAUGUGACCAAGAAGCUUUUCAUUGCCGACCUGCAGCGAAUCAUCACCAACUGUCGCGAGUACAACCCUCCAGACAGCGAGUACUGCAAGUGUGCCAGCACCCUGGAGAAGUUCUUCUACUUCAAAUUAAAAGAUGGAGGUCUGAUCGAGAAGUGAACUUGGCCGCAGAAUUAUUUAACGACUUCUCAACAGACGAGGAGCAACUUUUAUGUCAGCCACACACCAAGAUGGAGCAGAUCAUGAGGAAAACAUCGUUAGCUAUUGUCAUAUCUGAGUUAAUAAAAUGGUAUGUACAUGACUGACAGAUUUUACAAGGGAACUGUUGGACAAACAUAAGAGGGUUGCUUGGAAAGCAUUACAAAGUGUCCAAAUGGCAUUAUGUUUCCCCAUAACAUUAAUCUUCUGUCAUCCUCACUAUUCCAGUACUCGCAGUGAGUUAAUAAUCUGCAUUUACAUGUUUCAUUAAGUGUACCAAAGUUAUAGGUCCAAGUUAUAACAAUGCCACACUUUCCACCAUUACUUACAGUAUGAUUGACCUGGUUUUGUCACAUUUAAUGACAUUUGUUCAUUCCAGUUUGCUUGAAGCCGUCACUCGAGCAGAUGUAUAUGUAGUGUAGUUCUUUUCACAGAAAACUGGACCUCGGGACCUAAAGCCACGUUGCCUUCCGUUACUGACAGACACUUGAACAUCCCAGCCAUCAUCAUGGGUUUUAAGAUAAAUGGUCUUUGAGGGUUGAAGUCCUUUAAACACAUGGCACAGAAAGAUGGGCAGUACUUUGACUCUCAAGUAGUCAACUGGUGAGAAAUACAUCAAUGCAAUUGUUAAAUUAAUUGCAAAUACUGAACAUUUGCUGAUAUUAGCGCCUCAAUAUUGAGGAUUUUUUUCUUUUCAUUCCGGUCUAUGUUGAAACUUUGGAUAUUUUUUGGGCUGUUGGUCAGAAGAAAUGCUAUUAUUUAUUUUUUGGACUUCGGCAACAUUGUUUUUAGCAUUAUUCUUUAUUCUAAGCAAAUUUUAGAAUAUGAAAACAUCAGCGAAUAACUGAGCAAGAAACAGCAAGUGAUGGACUGGGCAUCAAAUAUUUCCAGCACUUGUGUGCUAAACAAAAUAUUUUACCCGAUCGUUGCCUUCAAGAAAACACUGUUGUUUUCAUGUUGACAACAACAUAUAGAUACUUAUUUGUACAGUAAAUAUGCUACACAUUGUUUAUACACCAUUUUCCACUGGCAGGGUUUAAUUCCAUUUAGUAAGAGGUCACACUUACGUAGAGCUUUUACCGUGCUUGCAGGUGAUUUGUUCUGUUGCUAGACUCUGUUGCACAGUCACUUCCACACACAUAUGCUAAGUAGUCUGUUUCGUGUCCAGCCACAUUGUUGUGGUGCUCACAGGUUUACUGGAUAGUUUUAUGUUGAAAAGACCUGGAGGAGUUGGGGGAGAAGCUAACGAGAAGUCCUCAUAGUGUGCUCUGGUUUUAUUUAUCACACCAUACACAAGCUGUAGUGGGUGUCAAUGUUAAUGCAUGGCAGACAGUUUACAAUUUGAACUCUCGGAAAAACUGAAACUUUUGGCCACGGUUGUUGAAGGUUUUACAGUGUUACAAACAUUGUAAUGAGCUGUUAAAACCUUCAACUGUCCAAUGCUGGUUGAGCCUGCUUGUUGAAUGUUCCAUUGAAUUGUGUAUGUUUGUGUGUGUGUGAGUGUGUGUUUAUUUUGUACUUGAAUCAUGACUAGCUUUGAAUUACUGAUGUGAUGUCAGUGUUGCAUUAUUCAGGGUCGUCAAUUGCAUACUUCUCCCUCAAUCUACCAAUGCUGCAUUUCAGAUUUUCUUAAGAGGGUCAAUCUGAGUGAAACUUUCCACCUGUUUGAGGAUGGCUACUGUCUCUAGUUAUGGUAUAAAUGCCAUUUACUGUAACUGUAAUACUGUUCAUGAAAAUAAAGUUUUUUUUUAAAUUAAACAUUUCCUAAAUAGACA